UGCUUGCAGAAUGAAAUUUGUUGGCGAUAGAAGGAUGAAGAUUAGGAGAUUCAAUGCGAAGCACAUUUUGAUGGGGUUUUUAAUAUUGUCUCGAAGGAGAGAUGAUGGUGGAGGAGGUCGUUCCCAUCGCGACGUGUUUGUUGGACUAAACAGACGCUUUGGCGGAUGGACGCCUUUAACUUGCGACAGAGUCGCUUUUCUAAAAAGCGUGAAGAUUUCGUCUGUUAAUCGCCAGGCCUCACUCUAAUUGUCGUUGACAAAAGUGCUCGUUUAGUUCCGCCAUGUGUUUCAGGAUUUUCUUAAGACUUACUUUUGCUUUGAAUCAAUUGUCUUGAAUGGGUCAUUGUUAACGAUUACUGGGUCAUUUCUAAUUUAUCUGUUAAAACUGUGGGCUAACAUUGCAAUCAUUCAAAAUAUGAUUAUUUUUUUCUGAUCUUCUAAUUUUUUCUAAUUUUUUUCUAAAUUUUCUAAUUUAAACUUUCCACUUGCUACCUUGUAUAAUUAAUAAUUAUCUCAGUCACCAAUAAGUUCAAUGGCAACCACCAGGUUAAUAUUUCUAAUACAUAAUCUAUAUUAUCAUCUGCUGUGUUAGACAACGAGAAUUUCCACUUUGUUAAGAUCGUCAGGAUGUUAGGAUCACGAUGGCGUGGUCGGAACGAAAGUGGCCGGAAAAAUAAGGAAGAAAGGACAACCGCGAAAGGGGAUAGCCUAGAUGUCAGGACGAUAUUCACGCAUCGACAACCAGUUUCCAAGGAAAGUAUACUUCGGAAUAAUGAAACGUUUUUACUGUCAGGAACGUGUCGGAGCGACUCGUUGAACGCUCACGAAGAUGUAUCAACGACUGACACGCGUUUUCAACGAGAUUUCUCGUCUAAUUCUGGGACACUUUUCACGCUGAUAUACCCUCACGAAAAAAACGAACGCCCAGAGUUUUCCAAUGCGUAUCGUGCUUUUUACAUUCGCACUUUUCUCCGAGGUUCAUUCAUAAAACUUUCAACCGCAAUUAAUUUUCCUAGACAUCUUGUAUUGCAGAUAUUAAUGAGUGGCAUAUAUGAUUAUUUUCGUCAGACUUUAAGCUUUGAUUUCAUAUAGUAUAAGUGUUAUUUUGCAACACUUUUAUGUCACGAAAUUUUCUUGGACUUCGAGUGCUUUCGAAAUCGGUCAUUGUUCUCUAUAAUUAAUGACCAGCCAUUUUGUGUGAGGAAUAUUCACGAGUCCUUUAUGUAAUUAUUUUCGUUAGACUUCAAGCUUUAAUUUCAUAUAUCAUAAGUGUUAUUCUGAGAAACUUUUAUGUCAUCAAUUUAUUUCAAGCUAAACUGAUUUCCAAAUCAUCAACAUUAACCUAGCAGAUGAUCUAAAUGAUCGUAUCAUUUGAAUAAUCAUUGUUACAGUGUUCCAUACUACAUAUCGCCAUUUUCACUGUGCCAAUAAACAUGCUAAUUGUACGCUCGCCUAAAGAGAGAAGUUGUAGAAAUGAUUUAUCUCGCAUCUAACAUGCUAGCCUUCGUCCAGUUCCCUCCACUUGACCUCCGUCAGAAAAUAGGGUCAGACUCUCGCCGCACGCUGAUAAAACACGUCUUAGAAAGUUUUUUUCACCCCUUUUUCUGCUCUUUGCUCACAUUCCGUGAAACGAUGCAAUAAAACGUUUUUCCUCUGUUCUUACUACCUGGCCCAGAGAAAACCGAUGGGCAUUGUUGUUCAUCGACUUCCUGUUUCUGCUGGACUUCAAUCUCUUCGUUUCUCUUCGAAUUGUAAUUGAAAAAUUUACAAUUUUCCAGCUAUAUUGUAAUUUCCAAUUUGAAAAGUGAAAUGAUCGUAUUUGGAAUAAUUCAGGGUUAACCCUUUAAUUACUAAGGGUGAUUACAGUUAUCCAUCGGUAAUUGAUUACAUACGCAAAGAGUUUGUUUGGAAUAAUUCAGGGUUAACCCUUUAAUUACUAAGGGUGAUUACAGUUAUCCAUCGGUAAUUGAUUACAUACGCAAAGAGUUUGUUUGAACAGUAUUUAUCGUUACUUUAACCCUGAAUGAAUUACAGUUAGUUAACCUUUUUAGUUUCAUUGUCCGGAAGCCUGUAGCUGUAAUUCACAGAGAGACCUAUUUGCAGCAUCAUCUUCUUUUCUUUUUAUUCUUGAAAACUUCAUCAUCCGCACAGUUUCUCCGACAAAGCAAUACUCCGAAGAGGAACAACGUGCAAAUCACCGCAUGUUCAGAGGACUACAUGCUCGUGUUCCCCUUCCGUUUAAGUCAGCCGACAACGAAAGUAGACGUUCCCUGUAUACACACACAACAGGCGUCGGUUCUUUCUUCAUUUUCUGUUUUUUCCUUUUUACAAACCUAUCCUGAUGCUCCUUUUCGCGGUUAUCUACGCCUCGAACGACCCAAUUCUGGUUUCGAGUAGGCCAACCGACCGCCAUACCGGAAUCGGAAGAGAAAAAUCAUGUUGCAACAGUAAAGCGGAAAUUAUUUCAUUCAAUUGGGAUCCUUUUAUUUCGAGGGUCAAUGAUAACCGCAAUAAUUUAAUUUAUAUAAUUUAUGCGAUCAAUAACUAUUUUAAUUUAUAAUUUAUGCCAUGAAAUUACAUUUGAAAGCUCGUAUAUCAAAUUACAUUUGACGGACCAUGGAGAGAGUCCUAAUUUUCAUUUAAUUCCGUUCAAUAACAAUGAAACGAGAAACUCGUCUCGAAGGAGGAUCACAAUGGGUUUGUGGGUCGAGGAUGCAAAAAUGAUGGUCCAUGGAUCGGAAGUUGCUCGUAAAACGGAAACGUUAGACCAGCAUUUCACAAGAGGAAUUUCACAGCAAAGAGGGAAAAAAGAACCGCAGGUUUCUGGGCCGAGAAAGCGAAAAAAUCACGAAACGAUCGACUGUUCGGUCGAUAGAUCAUUGACCACGAUCGACUAAUGCUGGAUAAAGUUCUGUUUUUUUCUCCCCCAUUGUCCUUAAUCGACGAAAGAGUUAUGGAAUAAAUUUUCUGUGGAACAAUGGGAGGUCCUUGUUACUAUUUAAAGAUAAUCGCCACGAUUGUGUUCCCCGGCAAUUUGCGAUUAGAAACGCGAUGAACUCGACGAGAUUUUGCAGAGUACUCUCGUUUAAAUUUCUUAGGCACACUUACGUGUCAUUAAAAUGUUUAACAAAAAUUUCAUUCGUAAAUAUUGAGUAACAGAAAGUUGUAAUUUCUAAAAUUGAAAGUUGCUGAAGAUCGAUCAUAUUAUAGACGAAUAAAUCAAAGUUAAAUGAGACAAAUUAGAAAUGAGGCUAAUUGUUUAUUGAACACAGGAAAAUGUAAUUUAUUGCAAUCAACGAUGAAGAACUUGAAAUAUCAGAAAAAUGCUGGACGAGUACUUGACGUUAUACCUAAACAGAAAAAGCAUCGUGUAAAGUAGUUGUUGAUUGUCCACGCUGGAGCAAUUAGUGCAUGACGGAUCCUGACUUUUUCAUGAUAAUCCGCCUUGAAGAUCGUCCACGAAUCAAGAUUUUUUUCUUUUUUCCUUGGUCCUUGAAAUUCCUGAAUCAAACCACUUUGGUUCACGACAGAAAAUCAAACUGGAAGAAUCGAGGACUUAAAAUUAAUCAGAGAAAAUUUUGGAAACUUCUGCUGAACAAUUAAGAAAAUUGAAUAAUCAAGCACUAAAUUAAAAAUUUCAAGAAAUUUACAAUUUUGAAAUCUCUGAAUUCUGAAAUCUCUUUCAAAGCAUCAGCACUCUAUAAAGCUAUCGGUCAAGAUCGAAUUAUGUUAAAAAUUUAAAUGUCUAUUAAAAAUCUAUGCCAAUUCUGGCCGAAUCGUCGAUCCCAGGACGACAAUUAUCAUGGAGGAGGAAACGAUGCGAGAGAUGCCGAGAUAGGAAUAGAAGAACGUAGACCGCGUCCGUUCUCCAGGUGACCAAGGUGUGCAAAGCGUGAACAACGUAUGCAACACGAGGCUAGGAGAAGGACGGAAAAUGGACCAAGUCACCAGGAAGUGGGGACCUGGAUUAAAAGCAAACGAGGGCAACGUCUCGGCGACAGAGCCAUCUCGGACCUUGAAGAGUCGAGGUCGAGAGCAAGUCGACGCGUUCUUUGCUUCAUUGCUCGCUCGGUGCUUUUCUAACGGAUUUCCGUUACGUUACGAACUGGAUCAAAGAGAAUUCUCGGUGUUGGCGUAAUCGAAAGUCGGCGCCAGGCCAAAUUUGGACGGAGGAUCUACUAAACGAUGGCGCCGAAAAGAGCGAUCUACCUGCUCCUGGUGACCUUGGCCCUGAGGGGAAGCCAGUGUAGCACGAGAUACUACGUAAAGAUGAGGACGAACGCGUCCGAGUUGUUCAAGACCAGAGGGGACAACUCGAGGGUGCUCGAACAGCCAAUCGCUGCCACGAGCAGUCCAUUGUACGACGAAACCAGAGAUCACUUUCAAGAUGAUGAUCAAAGAAUGAUAAAAGAUUUCCCAAGAACCGACGACGAGUCGAGAAACAAUUUUGAAACGUCCACGUUUAAUCCGGACGUUCUGAAUAAGUUCCUUGAAGAGUAUGCUAGCAAGAUAAAGAGCAGCACCGAGAAGUAUCAGAAGCAUCCAUUCAGGGUCGUGAAACCUUCCGAGGCUCUUGCACUAGAGGUGGAUGUCCCAACUGCACAGCCAACAAGCAGCAGCUCUGCUCAGGUCACCAAACCUGAAGAAGAUGGGGCGAAUGCUACUCUGGCUGAAGCAGGGUUAAGCGACAGUCUAAACGACACCCUAAAGAGGAACAAAUACUAUGGGGCAAACUCGUACGAAGAUAGAAACGGCUGGGUGACUUUAGAAGCAAUCCCCUGGUCGAAGAGUAAGAUUUCAAAGUGGCAAGCGACACCCAGCACCCAACAGCCUUGGCCGGAAGUGAAACCAUGGGAGAAACCAGGCAUGGGUAAACCCUGGGCUUCGGAUUACUCUGUCAGACCAAUCUACGAAAACAAUAAACCAUGGUACGAGAAGCCAAAACCAAAUUGGCCAGAGAACAACGAGAAACCAUGGCAGAAACCCACGACACGACCAUCUUAUUACCCAGACAAGGUCGAUGAAGGUCAGGCUCAAAAAUGGCCUCCAGAAAGACCAUCCUGGAAUAAGUAUACCGAUCGUCCCAACAGUGAUAUCAUCACUGACAAUCGUCCAGCUAAUUUCCCGAGUUCUUGGAACAACAGGCCUCAAACAGCGAAACCUGGUUAUCAGUAUCUGGAUAGAUUCUCUGAUAAGAAUCAGGCAGAAGAGAAUAACAAUGAUUGGCAUGAUUUUCCCUCGAGAUUUGAUGAUCGUCUACGACCUUCCACUGAUAGACCAGCCUUCUCUCAAUAUCAAUAUGUCAACAAUCAUCCUCAGAGUUAUCCUGGUAAUGGGGAUGGUCAAUGGGUGCUCUUGUCCACCAACAGAGGUUACUCGAAAGCUAGACAGAGAUCGAUGAAGAUCGAUACCACGAAUCCGUUACAGAAUGGAAGCAAGAGUAUUCGGGUGAAGGGAGAGGAGGCCGAUCCUGCGAUCCCUGUGAUGACUUCGAAGAGACAGGUCAGGUUGACGGUGUUACCGUCGAUCAACGGCACGAACACGACCACCUCGCACGGAGGUCUCCUGGAGGUGGAGAAGACCUUCAAGAGCGUGGAUCAGAGUCAAAAGGAAUACGAGAUGAAGAGACAAACCCUGCCGGUGAUCCUGAAGAAAAGACCGAUCAGAAAUACUCUCGGGAAUCAAGCGUCUAAUUCGGCUGUCUUGGCUGCCGUUAGUGCAGGAAUAUUACCGGCAACUAUGGCGAUGAUGAUACCAAUGAUUCUCGGCCGUCGAAAGAGGGACAUAAAAGCUCCUCAAUCAAGAUUACUCAAUUAUGAUAAUUCAGUAAUGAAUAUUCAUGAUCCCACGAAUCAACGUGGAGCCCGCGAAACAAGGCUUAGGUAGAGGAAUUAAUGUUGAAAGAGAAAGUCUUUGAUAAUUCGUGAGAAUAAGGUGGAUGAUCGAAGAGAAUUUAGAGGAACACUGAAAAUCUUAUUUAGUGCUGGGUGUAAUUGUAUAAAAAAUAAGUAUCAAUUUUAAUUACUUUUUCCAUUCGUAGAAGUUAGUUGAAUUAUUUUAUUGAAACUUCGAGUAAUGAACUUGAAAUUGAAGCAGCAAAAAUUAUAUAUUAAAAAUGAAUUUAUAAUGUAAGUUCAUAGAUAAGAUUUAUUAUUAUUUUCUAUUAUAGUGUGUCUGGGAAACACAUUUCUAUUGCAAAAUAACAAACAAAAGAAAUUAUCACUGAAGACAAUGCAAUUAUUGCCACACUCGUGAUUAUUAUCAGUGAUUCAUUAAUUAAUCAAUAACAAAUUAAAAUACACAUGUUCAUUGCUCUUUGUUUAUAAAUUAAUACUUGCAAUUUUAUCAUAAGAAAAAGAACCUGCUAUCUCGUAUAUUGUAUAAUUAGCAAUAAUUUUUAAUUUAUCCAACAAACGUCUUCCUAUAGGGAUUAAAACAUCAGAUAUUAAUUUUCAUUGAAUUUUUAUCACGCAUAUAUUUACAUAUAUGUCAGGGUAUUAUGAUAAUAAUCUACUAUUUAUUUAUUUAUUUAUUUAUACGUUUAUUUAUAAUAUACUUU